AGUCGAACAGUGUUUCUGUGGCGCAGAUCCGGGUUUCCGCGCGCGUCUGGUCAUUACUCCGGCGGUCCAGAGGAGCGGGGACUGACUGGGUCCACGCAGCUCGUUGGGAGGUAGUGGGGGGUCUGUCGGGAGGACCCUCCCACCUCACCGAACCUUCUCACGGCCAGUUCCUGAGCACCGGCCCUAACCCUAACCCGCCCCUCCUCCGCCGCAUUUUCUUUGAAGCUCAGCAAAGAAGGGAAAUCCAUUGAGAACAGUCUGUAAAGUUCUAGAGGCUGGGAACUCCAAGAUCAAGACACUGGCAGAUUCAUUGUCUGGUAUCCCAGGACUGCCUGCUUGCCAAGACCCUCUGUAAAACUCCAUGCACCCUGCUGCUGAGCGCUCUGAGGAGGUAACAGUAUUCAGAGAGUCUAGAGAAACUGGAUUGGUGGACACUGAGCCCUCCUCAGGUGACCACAGUUUAAUAAGGAUUGUCCAAACAAACGUAAGGAGUGAGUGAACCAUUCUGUGAAAGAACCAGAGGCUGCCGCUGAGAAGCCCGAAGCGCUGUGUGUGGGUACUAUGGGAAUUGCCUUUAGUUCCCCUUUACAUGUGACAGCUGGAGCCUGAUAGCAGCUAAAGAGAAUUCAAACCGUGAGGAAAUGUCAUUCAGAUUUGGCCAACAUGUCAUCAAGCCCUCUGUGGUGUUUCUCAAAACAGAACUGUCCUUCGCCCUGGUGAACAGGAAACCUGUGGUACCUGGACAUGUCCUCGUGUGUCCCCUCCGGCCAGUGGAGCGCUUCCGAGACCUGCAUCCCAAUGAAGUGGCCGACCUGUUUCAGGCAGCACAGAGAGUCGGGACGGCAGUGGAGAAGCAUUUCCAGGGCACCUCUCUCACCUUUUCCGUGCAGGAUGGCCCCGAAGCCGGACAAACUGUGAAGCACGUUCACAUCCACGUUCUCCCAAGGAAGGCUGGAGACUUUCGCAGGAAUGACAGCAUCUAUGAUGAGCUCCAGAAACACGACAAAGAGAAGGAGGACUCCCCAGCCUCGUGGAGAUCGGAGGAGGAGAUGGCAGCCGAGGCUGCGGCGCUGCGGGGCUACUUUCAGUGACGCAGGCACCAAAGGAACUCAAACAAAUCCCAAGGCAUAAGGAAAUGGGCCUCGUGCUCUAGGACCCUGCGACACUGAAAAUGAAGCUGAGCAGAUUUUAUUACAUCCUACAAUUCGCCAACCUUUUGCAAAGCAUUUUAUUAUGCUUGUGGAAGCAGUCGGGGUUAUGUUUCAAUCACAAUGACUGACAGGCUGCCUUCAAAACGACGGCAUCCGUGGCCCUUCCACACUUCCUUGGCUAUGUACUUAGAAUAGAACCUUUUCUAAAUUGUC